AUGAUAGGAACAGUUCGCAACCAAUUUGAGGUAAAUGUAUUGGCCUUCCAAGUUAACAGAGGUAGUGAAUUUACAAACAACGCUCUCCGUGAUUAUCUUUCAGAAGAAGGAAAUCAUACCUACUACACCUCCGUUGCGGAUCACCAAUCAAAUGGAGUGGCCGAACGUUUGAACCUGACACUGUUAAAUGAUUGUCGAACCCUACUGAAAACAACAAAGCUACCUUAUCACCUGUGGUUUCAUGCGGUCCAGUUUGCUACACUACAACGUAAUUCAGUGUACAACGACUCAAUCCGGGCCUCUGCACGUGCCAAGGCUGGUCUCCCCGGAAUCGACGUCAAAACCAUUCCCACCUUUGGUCAACCCGCUAUCGCUCACUUCACAAAGAUUCACAAUAAACUGCGGUACCGCGGUGAACAGGGCUUUGCUCUGACUCCAUCUUCAGCCUCGUAUGAUUACAUUAUCUAUCUUCAAUCUAAAGGCACUGUAAUUGACACUACUCAUUACGCUGUAAUUAGACUGUCUGUCAAAAUUGAUCCCAAUGAAGAAUAUGACAACAGCAUAUUCAAUUCCAUAAUCACGAAAUUAACAGAUGCCUCCGCAAACACUGACUAUUACAAAUUUGACCAUGUUAUCGACCGACCAGACGCUGCUACGGAACUAACAGAGGUGCCUAAUACUCCUCAACCAAGUUCUGACAAUGAACAACCACUUAAGGUGAUAGACUUGUCCCCCGCUUCCCCUGAUAUUGACCCGAACACCGGAAGCUCUUUACCCGUAUACGCAUUAUAUAGAAGAGCUACAUAA